AUGAAAGGUUUAGGAGUUUUUCUGAUAGGAAUUUACAUUGCUAUAUAUGGAAUUGCUUUAUUGACAGACCCUUGGACAUAAUUGCAUUAUGAUAGAUCAGUUCGUUAGCUAGGAAUGAAAAACUUAUAAUAAUUUGUUGCCUUAGCUUUGAAAGCAAGAUCUUUAUAUGGAUUUGCUCAUAUUUUUGCAGGAUACUGUCUAAUGAAUAAAAUAUCAUAGAUGAAAUUAAUAGUAAGUUGUAUAUUUGCAAUCGAUAUCAUAAUACAAGUUGGGUUUUAAUCAAUUCACUAAAUUUUUUAAGAUGUUAUUUUAAUUGGAAUAGUCAAUUAUAUUUGA